CAAAUAUUGUUACUCUUCCUUAUUUUGGUGAUGAGGGUUUGUUGACAUUAACUUAGCACCACACUCUACAGAUGUUUUUCCAUAGAGAAUGGAACUUUAUCACACAGAUUUACAUUACAUUCUUUGGGAUAAUAAUUUUAGUCUCUGGUGUAAUAGAUCCAACGGAAAGCUAGAGCCUAAAAAAGGUGAUGAGCUCUACAAUGCCUGGAAUCCAGUAUAUGUUGGUCAAGUCUAUGGACUAGUAGGAAAAGUAAAGCUACACCCUGAUUCAGAAUGGCGCCUUCUUCUCAUCAAACAACGAAGUGAUGUAUGCAAAAUAGCUGGCAAUGCUAAUAUUUAUAAAGUUAAAAAAAUAGUUGUCCUACCUCUGACAGUAACAGACAACACUGCAGACUUGGAUCUCGAGUUCAGCCAGAAACCUCACUUUGGAAAUAAAAAAUCUGAGAAAACAGGUCAGUCAAGUGAAGCACAGAUUUCUCUGCGAGGCACUUGGAAUACAUUAAAAACAGCAGCAGAGAAUGUGAAAUCUAAAAAGAAAGAAAUAAAAGAUAAGGAAAAAUUUGAGAAAAGAAUUCUUGAGGAGCUUCUGAAGAUGUACAACGAGUCCGGCUACUUCUAUUACAGUGAUGACUUUGAUGUGACAAACUCCUUACAGCGCCAGAAUAGCCCAAACUAUGAUAAAACUUUGCCCUUGUGGAAGAGAGCUGAUGAGAGAUUCUUCUGGAACAAACACAUGCUUCUGGAACUAAUGGAAACUAAUGACCCCCUGGCUGAUCACUGGAUGACCCCAAUAAUUCAAGGCUUUGUUCAGAUGGAGACUUGCAUUAUGGACUUUGAUGAAGACCGCAAAAGUGAUAUGUCCAGCUCAGUUGACUUUCCUAGUCGUAGACUGGAUCCCCUUGGGUACAACAUAAGCAUAAUCUCUAGACGAAGUAGGCAUAGGGCAGGAACAAGAUCAAGAAAACGGGGUAUUAAUGACCACGGAGCAUGCGCCAAUUAUGUGGAGACAGAACAGAUAAUUGAAUUUAGUCCACACCUAGCAUCCUUUGUACAAGUUCGAGGCUCCAUUCCAGUCUUCUGGAGUCAGACAGGGUUCAAGUACCGCCCACCUCCUAGACUUGAUAAAGAUGCGGAAGAAAGUCAUCAGGCAUUUUUACUUCACUUCAAAGAACAACUGGAACUGUAUCAGAAGGUUGUUGUUGUCUCCCUUGCUGAACUGGCGGGAAAAGAACAGAUCCUUGGGGACGCUUACAUGGCUCACGUCCUGCGCUACAAUUCACCAGACGUGACCUACAUUACAUUUGACUUUCAUGAAUACUGCCGCGGGAUGCGCUUUGAGAACGUUUCACUAUUGACCGACGGCAUUAAGGACAUCAUUAAAGACAUGAGAUAUUGCUGGGUGGACACUAAAGGUGUUAUCUGUGAACAGAAAGGUGUCUUCCGAGUGAACUGUGUGGACUGUCUGGAUCGAACUAAUGUGGUACAAACUGCAAUCGCCAGGAUUGUCAUGGAAACACAGUUUCGGAAACUUGGGUUGCUUCCCCCUGAAGAGAGCCUCCCGUCAAGUUGUAGGAAAACAUACCAACAGAUCUGGGCCAACAACGGAGACGUCAUCAGCAGGCAGUACGCUGGUACUGCAGCUUUGAAGGGAGACUAUACAAGAACAGGGGAGAGAAAGCUAACCGGCCUCAUGAAGGAUGGAGUCAAUUCAGCCAGCAGAUAUUAUUUAAGAUUCCGGGAUGCCUACAGGCAAGCAGCAAUAGAUUUAACUCUUGGGCAGCCAGUGCCAGAGUCCAUCUUUGUGCCCUCCAGUGAAGGGGAUGACAUUGAUGCCUGUGAGAUCUCAGACAAGGAAGAGAACUUAAAAAUGAUCAUAGAGGAUUGUAAAAAAAUGUUAAUAGUUGAACCUGAGCUGUGCCAUGGAGGGUGGGCACUAGUCAAUGCUGAUCCGAGUGAAGGUGAUAGUGACCAGCAGGAUAUGGACAUCAUACUUCUGUUGAGCCAACGUUCAGUCUAUGUGGCCUGGUACGAUGAUGAGGCAGAGCAAGUGACCAGGUACCAGCGCAUCUACCUUGAAGAUGUGGACAGAAUAGAAAUUGGAAUGGAGCCAGCUAGAUUUACUUCUAAACACCUGUGUCUAAGGCUCAUUUACCACCAUCAGGAAGGAGAGGGAUUGUUCCAUAUGUUCCGCGUUCCAGCCAAUCGUUUCUUCAAUAACAAAUCCAUCGCCAUCCAGACACAGGAAGAUGCCCGGGAUCAUUUGAGAAUCAUUGCUGACACCUUUAAAAAUGCUCAACAGAUAAUGGGCAUGGAACUAGAGAUUGUGGAGAAACCAAAGCUAGACAAGAAAAAAGCAACAGCUCAUCCUGACAUUGUGGACAUUCUUCAACAGCAGCAUGAGAACUCUUUAGCCAGCAUCUCAUUGCCAAGAGAUAUUUCAGCUGAUAUGAGCUCCUCUAUCACAGAAGACCCUGGGAUGGCCAGACUGCAGCCAGAUGCUACAGCAGGUACUUCAGAUGCUGUGCCUAUCAGGUCAAAAUCACCUCUGGACUUUCUCAGCUCCUUACCCAGGCCUAAUCUGACCGCAGCGACUUCAAGGUUCUCUUUCCCAAAACCUAAUCUGAAAGUGAACCUGCAGAAUUUAAACUUGAUGAAAAAGAUCCGAAGAAUCAAGGACAAUGAAGAGCAGCAAGAAGACAGCGAGGUCGACAUAAUAGAUGAGACCACUAAAGAUGUUGUACUGGACAGCUGCGGCAUUCUUGCGUCCAGCCCUAACCAGAUCAUCCUGUCGUCCAUGCAUCUUAAAGCUGAGAACAAACGCAACUCGUCACAUAUGGAAUCCUCUCAUUCAAACUUUGAACCCAUGAUAGAAGAAGGUUCUUCUAGGAAAGCUUUCAAUUUUGAAGACAUGGAGUCCAACAGCUACGUCAGACUAGAUCAUGUGAAUAGCGGCACAAAUCUUCUAAGUUCUACAGAACAAGAUAUGAACCACACUGUUCAACCCAAUGUGUUGAGAUACUCCACAGGCUCAAACUGGAAAGAAAUGAAACUUGGCACUGAGGGAGUACUCAGCUACACUGAGGACAAAGAGGAGGAGGAGGAUGAAGAGGAUUACACUAGCAUGAAGGAGGUCCAAGCUAUCCUGGACAAGUGUCACCAGCUACACCAUCCUCACAUGAAGACAUCUUUGAGUGACACCACCAUCAGUAUGAACCUUGUGUCAGUGCCAGAUGAUGGUCCUGGUGUGUCUAAAGCAGACAACAGAGAAUCAGGCUUGAUGUCUAGGUUGAAAUUGAAAGUGUCAAACUUGUCCAGGCCAUCUUCCAAAGUUACUGAUAGUCUGAUCCCAGGAACCAAUAUUCGCAAGUCUCAACGUGCUCUGGAAGUAUUUGAGCAGCUCCUUAAGGAACAAAAUCCAGGCGAAUGUAAAACCUGCUUCAUGUUUAUAUAACAAUAAUUUCUUCUUAGCUUUGUAUAGGCUAGUGAUUAUUUAUUUAUAUUUUUGUUUUGGAAAGAGGUUUAUUUAUGUAAAAAAUAUUUUUUUAUGAAGUUUUUAAAAUUAUUACAUUAGACAAAUAUUGAAUGAAUUAUCAUACAAAACAAAAAUCUAGAAACAGUUGAAUAAGUGUGUUUUGUUGUAUAAAUUAUUACCAAAAGUGAUUCUUAUAACAGAGUUGAAGUCAGUAUUUUAACUUGUUUAUUUUGACAGCAUUUGAUGGAUAUUAUGACAAGAAAUGUUUUUUUUUGGACAAUGAAUAGGCGUGUUAAGUUCUUUGAAAUAUUUUAUAGAUCUCAUAUUUAUUGAAUGCUAGAGUUGUGUUAAUAAUUAAACGUAUGUAGCGUGUUAUUGCUCCGCAAAAUGUAUUGACCAUAAGCUUUUGAUUCUCAUAAACUUUGGCUUGUAUUUAUAUUUGAAAACAUUCUCUUCUGCUUUGGCAAGCCACCAAGUUUUGUAGUCUAACAGCAUAGAAUUCACCUAUUGACAAACACUGAAUUUUUUCUGGACAGUUCAUUAAUAAGUAGGCUAUAAUAUCAGUUUUGCCAACCUGUGAAGAACAUGGAUUAGAGCAUAAGAAACAAAUAUAUUUAAUAUUUCUUUUACAAUUUAUAAUUGAUAUUGAGGAUGAUUUUAAAAUGGAAAUUAUUUGAUGAAAAUUGAAUGUUGAGUUCAUAUUUAAAGUGUGCACAAUUAAGCAAGGCUUCAGUCUGUGAAGACGAAGUUAAAUUUCUUGAUUUUUGUAAUGGAAAAUUUUCAGUAAAUGGUACAAGUCUACAUUUAAAAUCAUUGGCUUCUCAUCCUUUGCAAAAUGAAGGAUUAGCUCUGAUGUGGUUUGGAGUUUCUUUGCUUCUUGCAGUUACUCUUACAUUGCAUUUCUUUUUUUUUUUCUUUCUUUUUUUUAAUAUGCAAUUUUCAAAUUGAUGACAAUCAUAUUUUAUUCAAUUAAGAAUUGUCUUGUUGUCAUUAAUUCUGCAUUGAGAGGCGUGCUAUUAACUGAUUGACAAGCUGUUUUCACAUAUUCUGUGUUCUUAUGUUUCAUUCCAGAGUUCAAUUUGACCAGGAAACGUUCAGGCAGGUUUUUUGAGUUAGUUUGUUUAACAGUUCCAUACAAAGGACAACUAGAAGCCAUUGUUUUUUUUUUUAUUAUAUUCUUACAAUCUCCAAAUAUACACAGUACAAGAAGCUAAAUAGUUGUCACCCCUAACCAAUAGCCUCUUUGAUUGUAUGGUAUUGACUCAUAAAUUGUUGAAACUGUCCUUUUAUCUCUAUCAUUUAUUCAUGGCUUCACUUCUGUAUUGUGUUCAUGUUUCACCUGGCAAAGUUCAUGCCCUUGUAUAUUUGUGUGUGUAAUCAAUAUAUUUAUUUAUGUGUGCCAUAGUGACUUAACAUUUACAUUCAUUGUUGUUGUCCAUCAGAGAGAGUUCACUGUUUUGUUUCCUCCUCAAACACUUUGUACCAAACUCAGAAGAGGAAACAUUUGUUUUCACCAUGACAACAUUCAAAGAUUUGUGUGUGUGUGUUUAAAUAAUAAUGAAAUGAAAUGUUAAUUUCAAUUUAUUGAGUAUUAUUGGAGCACUGAACUAUAUCAAUUUACAAUAAAGAUUCCUAAUCUUGAAAUGUUUAUAUAAAAUUAAAUUAGAAUAUAACAAGUUUGUUGUAAUGAGAUUGUAGAAUGUUAAAACAAUGAAAUCACAACUAGGAGCUUAACCCAGGUUUGUUUUAAUGCUUAUAUUUUGUCUCAGCGUUACGCUUUUGCCAGUAAAUAGCAAAUGUAUAUAGUUAUUACGUAAUCUUUUUUAUAGCUAUAUAUAUAUAUAUAUAUAUAUAUAUAUAUAUAUAUCAAUCUCAAUUGUGAAAUAAAGAGUGCUGAGUUUUCUUAACUGUCAAUUAUAACAAACAAAAUGUAUCAAGAGUUUUCUUGUAAAAUGUUAGCCAGUGUUGAGAUUUUGAUUCCUACCAAUAAGAUAAUAAUUUCAUAGAAAAUGUGCAAACAGAGGAUGCAGUUUUCUGUUUUGUUGGUUUGCUCAGUUUUUGUUUCCUUCCUAAAACUUGAAAUAAUUUUGAAUCUGUGAUCAUCACUUGUAAUAUUUGCCAAUUAUUUGUUGUUGUUUUUUUGCUAAGCAAUUUUCUGUUUGGCUUUUUAUCUUCAAUAUUUUGGAUUCAGUAGUUUACUGUGACAUUUCAGGGUUAAAAUUUUAUUUUGAUAAAUUUGAUAGUGAAUGGACUUUAAUAUAUUUGAAAAUUUGGAUACUUUGUUUGAUAGAUUUUAUUUUGAUAAGUUUGAUAGCGAAUGGACUUAAAAUUUAUUUUUUUGUAUUGAGAUGCUUUGUUUGUACACUUUAGGUAAUCAGUAUGUUACUGAUUAUGACUUAGUUUGUCUACAGGUUCUUCCCUUUGCUAUUAGUGCGACACUGAACAUGCUUUGAAAUGUUUAAGACCUUGUUAUAGACAUUGUGGUUGAGGAGUAAAGCACUUAAUUGCCAUACUGGGGACGUUCAAACCCUUAGAAAUAAUGAAUAUCAUAAUUAUGGGAUUCUCCACAUUUCCUCAGCUUGAAUAUAAUGGAGAACAUAAAUGAAAGUAACCUCAUGACCUUCUUCUUUUAUGACAUUAAUUCCUAAAAUAGUUGACCUAAUUAUCCUCUUGACUAUGAAGAAGAUUUUUACUGGAUAACACAAAUAUUUUCCUUUUUUUUUUUUCACAUUUUGAAUGAACUAUUGAAAGCUAAGAAAGUCAUAGCCUUCUGUACAAGAUAAAUAUCUUGUAUUCAGUUGAAGUGAUAUAUUUGACAAUGUUUCUGUUUGACUCACAUUGUAAAUGUCUUUGUACUUAAAUUUGAUUCUUUUAUAACGUUUUAUAUUUAUAUUUGUUACUGCCAGUUUGAAUUUUUAUACAUGGACUCAACAGACAUGUACAUUGUUGGCCUUGCAAUAGAACAAAAUAUUUCUAGUUGAUAUUUCUAGCUGUAAGAUAGCCAAAAUGUGUCAUUGUACACUCUCAUACUACUGUCAUCUAUUUACUACACUCCAUAAAAACCAAGCAUGAAUUCUUUCCCAUUUGAUUUCUGAAACUAAUCUCUCACUAUUUCUGCACUAGAAAAAAAAAGACCUUCAAAUUAGCUGUUUUUUUUUUCGUUUUUCAAAAUUUGAUAUUCAGGCACUUACUUUAUAUAUCGUAGACCUCACUUUGUCAUAGUAAUGUGUUUUGUUCCUUUUGCUGUUCCUGCAAUACCCUAAUACAAAGUUGGCUAGAGAAACCAAUUCUACACUGUCUAGGACAUAAAUACCAGAGGUUUUGAUGAAAAUUUGUAGCAUUAUUGUGCUAACACAAAGCUGCUAAACAUUAUAUUAGCUUAAUAACCUUUAACAAACAUUGCACAAUUCAGUGAUGAAUGGACAUUCUAAACAAUGCAAAAUGAAGAACUGCUAGUUCAGACUUUGUGUCAUGUCAUUUGAUUUCAAUAAUGUCACAUUUUUAUUGUAACAUUUUUCUUGUAAAGAGGUCUAAGGUAAAGGUCAAGGUUAGCAAGUUUUAAAGAACAUUUGAUUGAACUUUCAUUGUUUUUGAAAUAGGACAAAAAGUGUUUCUCACCCAGUUCUAUAGGGCAGUGAGAUCUUUAAGUUAAUAUUGAGUUAGCAACUAUUUUAACUUCUAUUGAGGUCUACACAUGAACUUUCAUUCAUUCAUUGCUUGUACUUCAUUCUUUGUUCCAUAAUUGUACUUCACUACAUUUUCAUUGCUUGUACUUCACUACAUUUUCAUUGCUUGUACUUCACUACAUUUUCAUUGCAUGUACUUCACUACAUUUUCAUUGCAUGUACUUCACUACAUUUUCAUUGCAUGUACUUCACUACAUUUUCAUUGCUUGUACUUCACUACAUUUUCAUUGCUUGUACUUCACUACAUUUUCAUUGCUUGUACUUCACUACAUUUUCAUUGCUUGUACUUCACUACAUUUUCAUUGCUUGUACUUCACUACAUUUUCAUUUCUUGUACUUCACUACAUUUUCAUUUCUUGUACUUCACUACAUUUUCAUUGCUUGUACUUCACUACAUUUUCAUUGCUUGUACUUCACUACAUUUUCAUUGCUUGUACUUCACUACAUUUUCAUUGCUUGUACUUCACUACAUUUUCAUUGCAUGUACUUCACUACAUUUUCAUUGCAUGUACUUCACUACAUUUUCAUUGCAUGUACUUCACUACAUUUUCAUUGCUUGUACUUCACUACAUUUUCAUUGCUUGUACUUCACUACAUUUUCAUUGCUUGUACUUCACUACAUUUUCAUUGCUUGUACUUCACUACAUUUUCAUUGCUUGUACUUCACUACAUUUUCAUUUCUUGUACUUCACUACAUUUUCAUUUCUUGUACUUCACUACAUUUUCAUUGCUUGUACUUCACUACAUUUUCAUUGCUUGUACUUCACUACAUUUUCAUUGCUUGUACUUCACUACAUUUUCAUUGCUUGUACUUCACUACAUUUUCAUUGCUUGUACUUCACUACAUUUUCAUUUCUUGUACUUCACUACAUUUUCAUUGCUUGUACUUUACUACAUUUUCAUUGCUUGUACUUCACUACAUUUUCAUUGAUUGUACUUCACUACAUUUUCAUUGAUUGUACUUCACUACAUUUUCAUUGCUUGUACUUAGUUCCCCUCUUGCUUAAAUACAUUCCUAAGUUUCUGUUUCUCUUUUUUUUUAUUUCAUAUUUUUUUAUUGCUUUGAUUUUUUUUUUUUGUGAACAGCUGCGCUGCUUGUGGUGGCUGUUUUAAACUGUAAGGAUCAUGUCAUUGUUUAUUUAGAAUAUUUGGCUGUGCAUAGAAGACUGUAGACUUCCAUGUGUCACCAGUUUAAAUCAGCUCUAAAUCAAUGCUCACUAUUUCUACUUCCAGAUUCACAGAAAUAUAUGAUAGUGUUUGGUGAACUAGUAGCUACUUGGGAAUCUACUUCCUUUUAUGCCAUUAUUUGUGACAUAUUUAGUAAGGGUUUCUGACUGUAUUUUAGACUUCAAUGUUUGAUCCUUUAAAUAAUUUAUAGAUUUACCAGAAUCUAAAAAAAAAGUAGCUUGGGAAUGUUGGAGCUGAUUGAAAUAAAAGUUUAGAAGGACGGAAAACUUUGUACCCACUGAAAGUAAUGUUUAGCCAAGACUAUAACCAACCAAGCUGUACACUAGUUCUAAAUAAAAUGUAAUUCUUGUCAUUUCUUUGUUUGUUUGUUGUAUGUAUUUUUUGUCUUUUAUCUUUGUUUUUAUCUGAUUUUGUGUAUUUAAACUGUAAGGCAGAAACAUUAUCAAGGAACAAGAAGUCUGUUGAAAAAAAAUGUUUCUGUGAGUGACUGAUCGACCAAUACUUUUUUUCAGCUCAGGUAUUAUUUUCUAGGUGUAAUAGAAUUUUGUUUAAAGUAAAUUUUUUUUUCUCAUAAAAAAUUAGCGUUUUAUAUUAAAACUGUUUUUUUUUUUUUUGACGAAGUGACAUAAUGUCUUGGUCUACGAGAUAAACCAUAGUCAUUCUACAACAGAAGUUUGGUCUACAUGUGAUUACAAUUAUAUCUAUGCCAUUGUUUAGUAUGGUCUAAAUAUGGUUUAAGCAUUCAUUUGUUCUAAUUAUUGUUUUGAAGUGCUAAAUAGAACAUAGGUGUAGUGCAUAAAUGGAUUCUAGAAACAAAAAGCACACAAAAAAAUUCCUCAAUAUCAUUAUGUAUAAUAAGUGUGGAUAAAAAUAGAAUCUUACAUCUUCACAGAGUAGCUUCACUGUUUACUGAUCACAUGACUAGAAAAUGUUUUUGGAAGGUUGCUGUGUACCCUAGAACAAACAUGUAUAAACAUAGUACUUGUUAAGGCUUAUACAAGAACAAUAAAACAAAGCAUAAUACCUGGAUCUAC